GCCGCCCUGUUGCCACUUGCACCAUAGAAAACACCGAGAGCUCCUGCGCUCCUGCCGUGAACGUGGGAGGGAGGGGGAGACCAAAGACCAAUCGCAGCGGUCGUGUGUAUAACAAAACAAAGCAUACAUACAUAGACCCAAGCCAAGGCAAAAGGAGCCAGGAGUUGAAUCAUUUUGAGCUCCUGCGCCGCGCUAGAUCUGAAGAGAAGCAAAGAUGCAGCAUCACAGCAGCCUGCUGUGCUAGACCAGUCCUUGAGCGUGGUAGCAUCGGACUCGGAGAUGACGGGGAUGAUGGAGUCGGUGAAGGCGAGGCCGGCGAAGGGCGGCAGCGAGUACCGGCGGGUGGAGCCGGAGGAGGAGGAGGAGCUGGACGGGGCGGAGUGGGCGCGCAGGGCCGAGGCGGGGAGCCGCCGGCGGAAGGCGGCCGAGCGGUACGUCUUCACCUGCGCGCUCUUCGCCUCGCUCAACGCCAUCCUCCUCGGCUACGAUGUCGGUGUCAUGAGUGGCGCAAUCAUCUACAUCCAGAAAGAUCUCCACAUCACCGAGUUUCAGGAAGAGAUCCUAGUUGGUUGCCUAAGUGUGAUCUCACUCUUGGGAAGCCUGUCAGGAGGAAGAACGUCCGAUGCCAUCGGCAGGAAAUGGACAAUGGGCCUUGGUGCGAUCAUCUUCCAGACCGGUGCAGCCAUCAUGACAUUCGCUCCUUCGUUCACCGUGCUCAUGAUAGGGAGGCUUCUCGCCGGGGUGGGCAUCGGCUUUGGCGCCAUGAUAUCUGCCGUCUACAUUGCCGAGAUCUCCCCCGCGGCUGCCCGGGGGACUCUCACAUCCCUCCCUGAGAUCUGCAUCAACUUGGGGAUCCUUCUCGGCUACGUUUCCAAUUAUGCUUUCUCGGGCCUCUCCGAGCACAUCAGUUGGAGGGUCAUGCUUGGUGUCGGUAUCCUCCCGUCUGUCUUCAUCGGCGUCGCGCUUUUUGUGAUCCCGGAGUCCCCCAGGUGGCUGAUGAUGGAGAAGAGAGUUCCAGAGGCCAGGGCGGUGUUGCUGCAGAUAAGUGAAUCGGAGGCUGAGGUUGAAGAAAGGCUGGCUGAGAUUGAGGAAGCUGCAAAUAUCAUGAAGUCGGUUAAUUCUGAGGACAAGGCGGUGUGGAGGGAGCUGCUGAACCCUUCUCCGGCCGUUCGUCGGAUGCUGUAUGCUGGCUGUGGUAUUCAGUUGUUCCAGCAGAUCACUGGAAUUGAUGCUACUGUCUAUUACAGCCCAACAAUUUUCAGGGAUGCUGGAAUCAAGUCUGACCAGGAGCUUCUUGCAGCAACAGUUGCUGUUGGAUUUACUAAAACGAUUUUCAUACUGGUUGCCAUUUUCCUCAUUGAUAAAGUUGGGCGCAAACCGCUUCUGUAUGUCAGCACCAUUGGCAUGACGGUCUGCUUAUUUGCCUUGGGGACUGCACUUACAUUGCGAAAGCAUGCUGAGGGGCUUAUUUCUCCAAAUCUUGGGAUUGAUAUGGCGAUCUUUGCAGUUUGCGGGAAUGUGGCAUUCUUUUCGAUCGGGAUGGGACCGAUAUGCUGGGUGUUAUCUUCAGAGAUAUUUCCUAUAAGAUUGCGAGCUCAGGCGUCAGCACUUGGUCAAGUAGGUGGCAGAGUGGGCAGUGGCUUGGUUUCCAUGUCGUUCCUCUCCAUGGCCCGUGCUAUAUCCGUGGGGGGAAUGUUCUUCGUCUUUGCAGCGAUCUCGACCGUCUCCGUUGUGUUUGUGUACUUCUGUGUGCCGGAAACUAAAGGGAAAACUCUGGAGCAGAUUGAGAUAAUGUUUGAAGGUGGCAAGGAGUGGAAAGGAGGUGGCGAGGUCGAGCUUGAAGAUACACAGCAUUUAAUUCAGGGUGACAAGAAAGCUUUCUCUCUAGGUUGAUACAAUCAGCAAAGCAACAAGAAGCUUCAUGUCAGUGCUGAAACAGCCUCGUCCUGCUUCGGGCAUCAGAUUGAAAAAUGAUGAAGCUGCCUUCAGCUGCUGCCGAUUUUGAGGGCUCAACAGGACUUUACUGCGCAUAGGUUGUAACAUAGAUGGUGUAUUGUGUUUUUAGUGUAAAGUACUCCAUUAUGCAACCAUACCACAAGUAUCACGUAGAAGGAGGACACAAUGCGGUUGUAUCUGGUGGUCUCUUCCACCUAUAAAAUCAAUAUAGUCGAAGAAUUCAUUUGUAGAAUUUCAUUUUAACACAAGAAACAAUUGUGUUCUUUUUUCCAGAAAAAAAAGGGUGAGAACAAGUGGUGUGAUGCGAACCUCGUGUGUCUUACCUCCGACUGAAAACUAACUGCCAAUAUGAACUUGCAGUCUUUGAAAGUGUUUUUUGUCUCUAGCGCUCUAUGCCUACACGACAAGUGUAAUAUGGCAAGCAAAAAAGAUGUCUUCUGAAUCAUAGCCCUAGUAUCGAGUUCGUUUCGAAGAAUUAGCCAAAAGAACACAUUAUGUUCCUUCUGACAACAGGAGUGCCACAGCCAUUUGAAAGUUGCAGGGAGUUUGUGCUGCCCAUUGAAAUCUGAUAUGCUUUUAAGACAGAAUAAG